AUGACCAGGGCAGCGCUGCACGAAGAAGCACGCGUCGAGACGUACACGCUCCUGUACUUCACAAGCAGCUGGACGAAUGGUACAGACAACAUGACGCUGCCGAGGCUACGUGCGGUUCUAGGUGAAGUCAACGCGCUGUAUCGCAAGCACCGGCUGAUUGAACUGCUGCAAGUUGUUCGGACUGAAGACCGCGGACGAGUCAGCGAUGCAAACGUUCAUUGGCUGGAUGGUUCAACCUUCCGGUUGCGGUGUAGAAUGUACAAAGUGACGGAACUACCGGCGUGUGUCAUGCUGGACGCUCAGGGACAAGUGUUGACGGAGGAAAACAUGCGGGCACUGGAGCUUCACGAAGAUGGAAGUGUAUCGACAUCCCGGAUAGAAACCGAAUCUUUGUGGGAAGUGCUGAAAGAGCUUUUGAAACAUCACGAAGCCUCUGCUGCUGCUUGGAGUUCGUUGCGGCCGUUGUGGCAAUUUUCUGGUUUCGUCUUGUGCCACGCUCCUCCACCGUUGCUUGAAGCGGAUGAUGCAACCCUUGUAGAGAUGCGCGAGAAAGCUCUGGAGCUGUUUGAAUCUGGAGAGUUUCUUCCAGCUGCAACAGGCUUCGUGAACGCUUUAGUGCGGUGUCCAACAUGCACGAAGUCUAGCUUUAAUCUUGCGGUCAUUCUUCAAACGAUUGGCGAAACAUACUUUGCCGUGCGUAGCAUGCUACGCGUCGUCGCCCUCGAUGACAGUGACUUUGUAGCACAUGCGGUUCUUCGAUCUGUGUACUAUCUGGAAGAACCCGACCUUGUGGUUUCUGGAUAUCGUCAGAUCCUCUCAGCGCAUUCGAAAAGCCAUGUUCGUACGGCACACACGCUCGCAACAAUGCAGGGGGCCACGACGACUAGUACGGCUGCUCCUGCUUAUGUUGCAAAGGUUUUUGACGAGCUUGCCGAUAGCUUCGAGGACAAACUCGUGGCACGCUUGGAGUACCGCGUACCCUGGCAACUUGUCGAGGCUCUACAAAAGCUUUCUCCAGCGGGAUUUACUCUCAAGGACUCCACUGCCAAGCCAACUUGGGUUGUGGCGGAUGUUGGGUGCGGCACUGGUCUAUGCGGUCGCUUACUUCGUCCACACGUGAAGCAUAUCACUGGAGUGGACAUCUCGCCGUUGAUGAUUGAAAAGACACGUGCCCGAGGCAGUUACGAUGAGCUCUACACGGUGGACAUCGCGCCAUUUCUGGAGUCGUGCGCCGAUGGGUCACUGGACCUCAUUAUUUCGGCAGAUGUGUGGAUUUACGUAGGAGCAUUGGAACGAGUAUUUGAGUCGGCCGCACGCACGCUUCGUGCCUUUACAGGAUGGAUGGCCUUUUCGAUCGAGCUUUUGUACCCUGACGCUACCGACAGUAUCGAGGACACCGCGACAGGUUUUCGUUUGGCUCCAUCUGGGCGGUUUCAGCACUCGCAUAGCUACAUCGCGUCUCUUGCAUCUCGCUUCGCGUUCACCAUUUCCCUACAAGAAGACGUUAGCGUGCGAAAGGAGAGCGGCGAACCCAUCCCUGGUCGCAUCUACCUUCUACAACGAGUCGCAACAUGA